GAGAUUUCUAUCCUAAGAAAAAGAUAAAAACAGAAUUCAGUACAUGUCCGCUCUGCACUAUUCCAUAUUCUGACAUUUUAGUAUUCUCAUACUGUACUUAACGAAACUGAUUGCCACCAUAAUAUCAGACACAACAUGGGGGAGCCGCUUUCUGCAAACGCGAUUCGUCUUCUUAACUCAAUCAAAGAUAAAAUCGAUAAAAAUGAUGCUCAGCUUGUUGGGACAGCGUUUAAUUGGGGCCAACGAUAUGGCGGUGGUGAAGUGGAUAAACUCAUAAAAGAGAUGGAGACCGAGUUGCGAACUGAGUUGCGAAAGAAAUAUAAUGUGUUUACCGUCGCUCCGAUGAAAUUUGCUUGUGCAAGUCGAAUGGAAAAGGAUACACUCGUCGCCCCAAUGGAAACAUUCGUAUUCACUCCGCGGGAAGGCGAAAAAUAUACAGUUGAAAAGGGAUCAAUCAUUUACAUGAACGAUGAUCCUGAAGUAUCAGCACCAAGCGCUAGCCAAUCAUCUGUGGACGGGUUUCUUAUUAUCACGAAACAUGUGUCGCAGGUAUAGUGAAUGGAUAUGAACUUUUCUCACAAGAUUUGGUGAAGUUAUCUGCUUCACGUAGUAUAUCAUCAAUAUCAAUAUCAAUUGCUCUUGCGCGUCUA